AUGCAGUUAGGGGAGCAGCUCUUGGUGAGCUCGGUGAACCUGCCCGGCGCGCACUUCUACCCGCUGGAGAGUGCGCGAGGCGGGGGCAGCGGGAGCGCAGGCCACCUCCCUGGCGCGGCCCCCUCGCCUCAGAGGCUGGACUUAGACAAAGCGCCCAAGAAGUUCCCUGGCAGCCUCGCGUGCGAGACGGGGAGCGGGGAGCCCACGGCCGCCAGCGCGGGGGCCCCCGCGGCCAUGCUCAGUGACGCCGACGCCGGGGACGCCUUCGCCAGCGCCGCGGCAGUGGCCAAGCCCGGGCCCCCGGACGGCCGCAAGGGCUCCCCCUGCGGGGAGGAGGAGCUGCCCUCGGCCGCCGCAGCCGCAGCCGCCGCCGCCGCCGCCGCCGCCGCCGCCGCCGCCACCGCGCGGUACUCCAUGGACAGCCUGAGCUCGGAGCGCUACUACCUCCAGUCCCCCGGGCCUCAGGGCUCCGAGCUGGCCGCGCCCUGCUCGCUCUUCCCCUACCAGGCGGCGGCCGGGGCGCCCCACGGAUCUGUGUACCCUGCUCCCAACGGGGCGCGCUACCCCUACGGCUCCAUGCUGCCCCCCGGCGGCUUCCCCGCGGCGGUGUGCCCACCUGGGAGGGCGCAGUUCGGCCCGGGAGCCGGCGCGAGUAGCGGCGCGGGAGGCGGCGGCGGCGGGGCAGGCGGCCCGGGGGCCUAUCAGUACAGCCAGGGUGCCCCGCUCUACGGGCCGUACCCUGGGGCGGCCGCCGCGGGGUCCUGCGGAGGACUGGGGGGGCUGGGGGUUCCUGGCUCCGGCUUCCGUGCCCACGUCUACCUGUGCAACCGGCCUCUGUGGCUCAAAUUCCACCGCCACCAAACCGAGAUGAUCAUUACGAAACAGGGCAGGCGCAUGUUUCCUUUCUUGAGCUUCAACAUAAACGGACUCAAUCCCACUGCCCACUACAACGUGUUUGUAGAGGUGGUGCUGGCGGACCCCAACCACUGGCGAUUCCAGGGGGGCAAGUGGGUGACCUGCGGCAAGGCGGACAGUAACAUGCAGGGCAACAAAAUGUAUGUUCACCCAGAGUCUCCUAAUACUGGUUCCCACUGGAUGAGACAGGAGAUUUCCUUUGGGAAAUUAAAACUCACCAAUAACAAAGGCGCAAAUAACAACAACACCCAGAUGAUAGUGUUACAGUCUUUACACAAGUACCAACCCCGACUGCACAUUGUUGAAGUGACAGAGGAUGGUGUGGAGGAUCUGAAUGAGCCCUCAAAGACUCAGACCUUUACCUUCUCCGAAACGCAGUUCAUUGCGGUGACUGCCUACCAAAACACCGAUAUAACUCAACUAAAGAUUGAUCAUAACCCCUUUGCAAAAGGCUUCAGAGACAACUACGAUUCCAUGUACACCGCUUCAGAAAAUGACAGGUUAACUCCAUCUCCCACGGAUUCUCCUAGAUCCCAUCAGAUUGUCCCUGGAGGUCGGUACGGCGUUCAAUCCUUCUUCCCGGAGCCCUUUGUCAACACUUUACCUCAAGCCCGAUAUUAUAAUGGCGAGAGAACCGUGCCACAGACCAACGGCCUCCUUUCACCCCAACAGAGCGAAGAGGUGGCCAACCCUCCCCAGCGGUGGCUUGUCACGCCUGUCCAACAACCUGGGACCAACAAACUAGACAUCGGUUCCUAUGAGUCUGAAUAUACUUCCAGCACCUUGCUCCCCUAUGGUAUUAAAUCCUUGCCCCUCCAGACGUCCCACGCCCUGGGGUAUUACCCUGACCCAACCUUCCCUGCCAUGGCAGGCUGGGGUGGUCGGGGUUCUUAUCAGAGGAAAAUGGCGGCUGGACUCCCAUGGACCUCCAGAACAAGCCCCCCUGUGUUCUCUGAAGAUCAGCUCUCCAAGGAGAAAGUCAAAGAAGAAAUUAGCUCUUCUUGGAUAGAGACACCCCCUUCCAUCAAGUCUCUCGAUUCCAAUGAUUCGGGGGUAUACACCAGUGCUUGUAAGCGACGACGCCUGUCUCCUAGCACCUCUAGUAAUGAAAAUUCACCCUCCAUAAAGUGUGAGGACAUUAACGCUGAAGAGUACAGUAAAGACACCUCAAAAGGCAUGGGGGGGUAUUAUGCUUUUUACACAACUCCCUAG